CACAACACAUUGUUAUUCUUCUUCUUCCGCGUUGCACACACACUCUACGAAACACACGCCAGCGUUGUUUCGCCAUGGCGACGCAUCCGCAAACUCCAACCUCGUCGAACGCGUUCUCGUUCAUCUCCAAGGGCUGGCGCGAGGUUCGCGACUCGGCCGACGCGGAUCUCCGUCUGAUGCGGGACCGAGCGAACUCGUUCAAGGACCUAGCGACUUCGUUUGAUCGCGAGCUCGAGAACUUCUUCAAUUCCGCCACGCCGCCGUUCUCCGUGCCGGCGAUGCGCUCUCCGCCGCCCAAGGAGAUCGAGUUCGUCAAGAGUCUGCGCCCCAAGCUGUCGGAGAUUCGGCGCGCGUACUCGUCCCCCGACUUCAGUAAGAAGGUUCUGGAGAAGUGGCGCCCUAGGACGCAGAUUAGAAUAAACCUUUCCGCGAUUAAGAACGCGAUUGUGUCGGCGGAGGAGGUGGGGCAGGAGGAGGAGGAGGGGAUUGUGGAUUUUGAAAAGAGGAGAAGGAGGAGGUUGAGUUUCUGGGAGGAGUGGAAAAACGAUGGCGAGGGUGAAUCUAGGGAUUGGGAACCGAUUCGAGUCUUGAAGACGCGGUUCAAGGAGUUUGAGAAGCGUGGUUCGUCUUUUGAGGCGUUCAAGAACAGUGAAUUCGUCGAGAAAUUCAAGUCUAGCUUGAAAUCAAUGUGCAAGGAACCUCAGGAGUCAAAGGAAGUGCCGCCAUUGGAUGUAUCUGAACUUCUGGCCUACAUUGUAAAACAGUCUGGUCCAUUUUUGGACCAUCUUGGAGUGAAAAGAGACAUAUGUGACAAAAUAGUAGAAAGCUUGUAUAGCAAAUGCAAAAACCAUCAUCUAUUGCAUACCCUCUCUGGGGAAGAAUCUUCUGUUCUAGGGAAUGGAAACAUAAAUGAUGAAUUGGAUUUACGAAUAGCAAGUGUCCUUCAGAGCACAGGGCACCGGUAUGAAGGUGGAUUCUGGACAGACCAUGCAAAGCAUGUUCCAUUGGACAAUGAAAGACAUGUUGCAAUAGUCACAACUGCUAGUCUUCCUUGGAUGACAGGAACAGCUGUAAACCCACUAUUUCGAGCUGCAUAUUUAUCACAAUCUGCUAAGCAGAAAGUCACUCUGCUGGUUCCAUGGCUUUGUAAAUCAGAUCAAGAACUAGUUUAUCCCAGCAAUGUCACUUUUACUUCGCCAGAAGAACAGGAAGCUUAUAUACGUAGCUGGCUUGAGGAAAGGAUUGGUUUCAAGGCAGACUUCAAAAUUUCUUUUUAUCCCGGGAAGUUUUCGAAAGCAAGACGGAGUAUAAUACCUGCUGGAGAUACUUCUCAAUUUAUACCAUCCAGGGAUGCUGACAUUGCUAUCCUGGAAGAACCAGAACAUUUGAAUUGGUAUCAUCAUGGUAAGCGUUGGACGGACAAAUUCAACCAUGUUGUUGGUAUUGUCCACACAAAUUACUUAGAAUACAUCAAGAGGGAGAAAAAUGGGGCACUCCAAGCAUUCUUCGUGAAACACAUAAACAACUGGGUUACAAGAGCAUACUGCCACAAGGUUCUUCGUCUCUCAGCUGCUACUCAGGAUUUACCAAAGUCUGUAAUUUGCAAUGUUCAUGGUGUGAAUCCCAAAUUCUUGAAAAUUGGAGAAAAGAUUGCUGCAGAGAGGGAGCUAGGGCAGAAAGCCUUUACAAAAGGGGCGUAUUUCUUGGGAAAGAUGGUGUGGGCAAAGGGAUACAAGGAGUUGAUAGAUUUAUUAGCAAAGCACAAGGCUGACCUUGAUGGCUUCAAGUUGGAUGUAUUUGGAAAUGGAGAGGAUGCUAAUGAAGUACAGAGUGCAGCCAGAAGGUUGGAUUUGAAUCUCAACUUUCAGAAAGGAAGAGAUCAUGCAGACGAUUCUCUUCACAGGUACAAAGUCUUUAUAAAUCCCAGCAUUAGCGAUGUGCUAUGCACAGCUACAGCUGAGGCACUUGCCAUGGGCAAAUUUGUAGUUUGUGCUGAUCAUCCAUCAAAUGAGUUCUUCAGGUCAUUUCCCAACUGUUUGACUUACAGGACAUCCGAAGACUUUGUGACAAAAGUAAAAGAAGCUUUAGAAAAUGAGCCUUAUCCUCUAACACCUGAGCAAAGAUAUCAACUUUCUUGGGAGGCUGCUACUCAAAGAUUUAUGGAAUAUUCGGAGCUUGACGGAAUCCUGAACAAGGAAAAUAAUGGCGAAAAGUCAAGGGUAGAUAAGGGGAAGCUCAUUGCUAAGUCAGCAUCAAUGCCUAAUCUGACAGAACUAGUAGAUGGAGGCUUAGCAUUUGCUCACUAUUGUCUCACUGGGAAUGAAUUUCUGAGAUUAUGUACAGGAGCAAUACCUGGGACACGUGACUACGAUAAGCAGCACUGUAAAGACCUUCAUCUCUUGCCUCCACAGGUAGAAAAUCCUAUCUAUGGCUGGUGAAUGGAUUGACUAGUUUGAAUGUUUGAAGGAAAACUUGUCACACCAGAUUAUGACAAGCAGUACUGUAAAGCCAUCAUCUAAAUGCCUUUAGGUAGAAAAAUUUAUGGAUAGCUGGUGAAUAGAUUUAGUGGUUUGAGUUUGUAGUUUGUUUUACAGUUGCUUGUGUUAGGUGCCUGCUAAGUUUUCAAUCCUUAAAUUUUGUAGUUCUUUUUGUUUUUGUAAGUGAUGUAGUUCAAUAUUUACCAAAACACGUGUAGAAAGCUAAUGUCUAAUGUAAAGUAACUGAACGUUCUCCCACGUAACUUGUGAGAAUAAGCUGUAAUGAAUUUGCAUCGGUUUAACAUGAAAUAAAUUGUUCGGUUAUGAUA